GCCCCGGCGGCUGCGUACUGACUGUGGGAUGGGAAGUGAAGCUCUAGCGAGCGGCUGCGGCGGGGCUGUGAGGAGCAGCCAGGGGGAGGUGGCGGCGGCAGCUUGUCGGUGAGCAGCAGGGAAGAGCGGACCCAGGGCGGAGCACCUGCAGGCACGGGCGGCGGCCCCACCAUGGCGAUUCGCAAGAAGAGCACCAAGAACCCCCCGGUCCUGAGCCACGAAUUCAUCCUGCAGAAUCACGCGGACAUCGUCUCCUGUGUGGCGAUGGUCUUUCUGCUGGGGCUCAUGUUCGAGAUAACGGCAAAAGCGUCUAUCAUUUUUGUUACUCUUCAGUACAAUGUUACCCUCCCUGCAACAGAAGAACAAGACACAGAGUCAGCGUCCCUUUAUUACUAUGGUGUCAAAGAUUUGGCUACAGUUUUCUUCUACAUGCUAGUGGCAGUCAUUAUUCAUGCCAUAAUUCAAGAGUAUGUGUUGGAUAAAAUUAACAGGCGAAUGCACUUCUCCAAAACGAAACACAGCAAGUUUAAUGAAUCUGGUCAGCUUAGUGCAUUCUACCUUUUUUCUUGUAUUUGGGGCACAUUCAUUCUAAUCUCUGAGGAUAUUCCUCGUCAGCUUGUCUACAUUGGUCUUUACCUUUUUCACAUUGCCGGAGCUUAUCUUUUGAACUUGAACCAUCUAGGACUUAUUCUUUUGGUGCUGCAUUAUUUUGUUGAAUUUCUUUUCCACAUUUCCCGCCUGUUUUAUUUUAGUGAUGAAAAGUAUCAGAAAGGGUUUUCUCUGUGGGCAGUUCUGUUUGUUUUGGGAAGACUUCUGACUUUAAUUCUUUCGGUACUCACUGUUGGCUUUGGCCUUGCAAGAGCAGAGAAUCAGAAGUUUGAUCUCAGUGCUGGAAACUUCAAUGUAUUGGCCGUUAGAAUUGCUGUUCUGGCAUCCAUUUGCAUUACUCAAGCGUUCAUGAUGUGGAAGUUCAUUAAUUUCCAGCUUAGGAGGUGGAGGGAGCAUUCUGCUGCUCAGGCACCAGCUGUGAAGAAGAAACCAACAGUGACUAAGGGCAGGUCUUCUAGAAAAGGAACAGAAAAUGGUGUAAAUGGAACAGUAACUUCAAAUGGAGCAGACUCUCCCCGUAAUAGAAAAGACAAAUCUUCAUAAUGAGUUGCAAGUUAAUUGAUUAAUGUCCCCAAAGAAAUCUGCUUUUUCCUAUAUCUUUCAGCAGUAGAGAUUUUUCUGUUCUUGAAAAUACAGUUUGUGCUCUUUGAUUCUUGCUGUUUUACUGUUUCAUGCGUUUUUUUAAGGGCAUUUGAGGGGAGGAUGAUUUCAACGGGUGGGAAAAAUGUUUUAGCUUAGACUGAGCUACCUGCCUUCAGGAUAGUUUAGGGACCACCACUGUAUUCUGUUUUGUUUUUUUACCUUUGAACAUUUUUCUAAUGAUUUGGAGAGAGAACUAUUUACAGAAAUCCCACGUCUCAGUGAUACCAUUUCUUGCUCUCACCAGUUUUUAUAAUGUUAGCAAGCCAGCCUGUUCCAGCAAGGUUAUGUUUUUUAAGUUAUCUUUCAGGGUAAAAUGGAAGUUCUGUGAAGUUGGAAGUCAGACUUUAAUGUGUUUUCAGUGUUCUCUAAUUUUUAGGACUAUUUUAUAGCAUUUACACCUGAAAAAAAAAAUUUGUAAAAUUACAAAAUAACUGUGUGCUUUAUUUUAUAGGUAGUGGUUGUUAGUGUUACAUCCCCCCUUUUUUUAAAAAGAAGAUACGUACUCGCGGUUACAGUAUGCGGAAAUGUGGCCAUGUAUACUGAAUCAAAAUGUAGUAACAUAAAAGUACUUGUGAAGAAGUAAAAUCCUGUGCAUUUUAAACUCCUGUAAACUGGAAAUCAGAAGAUUAUUUACUAUAAAGAAGAAAAUCUGACUUAUUUAGCCCUUUUUGUUAUGUCUAUUAAUAAUGAUUCUUAAUAGGGCUUGUCACAAAUUUGAUAUGCACAGCAUCUUAGAAAAAUGUUUAACGUGCAAAUCCUUUUAAAAAAUAAUGCUUUAUCUAUAAAAAGAAUAAGUAAUUAUAUUUGGAAAACAUAUAAUGCACUAACCUUAAAGAAACUUAAAAUUCAGGUGGAUAAAUACCAUAUGAAAGACAGUGCUUUAUGUCAUAACUAUAGCUUUGGUCCCAUCUUUAACUGAGAAACAUUUAUCUAUAUAAAACAUAUUUUUGGAUAAAUACAUAUAUAUAUAUAUUUGUAUCUCUACAGAAAGGCUCUAAAAAGCAUUUGAGUAAAAUAUUUGGUUCCCUUUUCUAUAAUUAUCCUUUAAAAUCCUUAGAGCUAUGUUUGGUUUUUCUUUGUCUUUACAGGACAUGUAUUGCUCCUUUGGGUGUUCCCAUCUUGUUCCCAUUUCUCACGUUUGUCACCAGCUUCGUUUGUGCCGUUUUUAGUGUAAAGGUUGCAGACUUGUUAGGGCUGCGGGUUCUGUUGCCAUGCUGCUAGAAAGUCGUGCUUGUGUUUGCAGCCAUGUCUGCCUACUUCCUGUAGAAAGGAGUGGCUCUGUGUAGCAUUAUGAAAUGUCAGCGGAACCAAAUCGUAGCCGUUAAAAACUGGCACCAUGUUGAACUGACACACGAGAAAUCAGUCAGAAUAAAACUUUUUACUUUCACAAGCUGUAUUCCGCAUGUUUCCUUAGUGUUACAAAGUUUGUAUGCUAUUUACUAUUUAAUCUCUUUAAAACGUGGCGUGUCAAAAGAGUACACUCUUCAUAGACAUUUAGAACAACCUUUCCCAAAAGGUGUGUUCUGCUAAAAAGGUGAUUAGUUACAUAGAACGGUUUUGAGGGAUACUGAGGGAAGAAAAUGGUUCAUGACCAGGUAAAUCUGUGGACCACUAGUAAAACAAACAUAAAGGUGUUUCUUUACUGCAGGACUGUUCAACCCUUAAUCUGCAGAUAUGCUUCCUGAUGCACCAAGAAUGUUGGCGAUGGGGAUGUAAUAUGCAGUGUUUCCCAACUCGUUUGACCAUGGAACCUUUCAUUUAUUACAUUACUCACAGCACUUGUUGUACCGCAUACCUUCUGGGUUUAGAGAGAAGAAAAUAGAAAUCCUUAGACCUUUACAACACACACACACACACACGAAAUCCU